UUUGUUUAUUUAAGAUCACUUUAAGCAUUUUCGUUUUUGGCAUGUUUGAAGUUUGAAAAAAUCCUGAUUUGUUCCAACAGUUUUUUUUUCCCAUAACGUCACGUGAGCUCGAUUUUUCUUGUGGUCAGAUAAGCAGCAAAAGGCGGGGAUAAGCUUGUGGAAUGUCAUUGACCAACAGGUUAAGACGUAAAUCCCUCCCACUACACUUAUUUCAAAGAAAUUACCUUAUCAUCCUGUUAAUUUCUCAUUACAGGGCAACGUUUCAUUUUCAGCUCGCGUACAUUCCUUCGCGAAUAAGAUGGCGUAAAUUUUAGUACGAAAACGUCCCUUCUGGUAUAUUUACAAUGAGGUGAAAGAAAAAGAGAUUUGAUUCAUGACAACAUGGCGCUCAAAAUAUUAGUGAUGAUUCUUGCGUCGUUCUGUCUCGCCGUGGCUGGGCAAGAAAACGAGCGCAAGAAUAUCAAAAUGUUAUUCGUUCCAGCAGACGUUAUGAAAGCACUGCGUAAAAACCUCACCACGAAAGACUUACCCCCAGGCCUACCAGGACAGGGUACUCAGCGCUGGACCCCAGUCCGCCUACCAGGCGAUAAGACUCACACGUUUGAAAUCCGCAUCAACCCUCGUACAGCGCACAAGCUUAACAUGAACUUUCAGCAUUUCAGAGUUGGUCGUGGCCACGGGCUACUUUUGGAGUUGAAAAACGUGUCCCUCUCGACCAAGGGAAAGACUGUUCUGGACAGGCUGGUAGAGUUUUAUAAAAACUGCGGCAGUGGCCGAAGCCAUCGUAUAGGCAUGCGCCCAGGCAUGCAUAUGCUGCACAGAUUAGGACACUUCCACUCCACCAUGCACCAUUCACUUUUGCUACCUGGCGACGUUCCGUUACUGAAGCGUAUACAAACCGCGCUGGAGCGUUUUUUCCCUAAGCGUCAUGACGGAUCAGUGGACGUAUUCCAGCACAAAGAUUCGAGCGGUGCAGUUCAUUUUCUACCGUUUGAAGAAGUCAGAAGAGAAGUGAAUAAUCUUAUAAAACGAACGUUAGUUAAGAGGGAUUGUGUUAAGAUCAGUACCAACGCAUUGACUCGAGCACUCGAUGCAUUCAGACGGCAGCUCAAUAACGACACAACAGCGUCAAGUACUCAAAACGAAAGCUUCAACGUUAGUGAUGAGCCUGACCGUGAAAAUAGCGACAGCAAUGGUGAGGAGGGCGACGAUGAAGGCGAACAGAAAGACCAAGUCCUUUCAUUUUCAAGGAAUCUUGAUUCGUUUAACCCGCACCCGGUCAACAAAGUGAAUCUGACUUCAUCUUCGGCCAUGAACGUGCCAAGCGAUGCUGCUGCUACUAAAAUAGUUUCUGCGCUCGCCGACUUGAGGAAAGAAAUCAAUGAUCUAUCAAGCGGUUUUAGACAGAUUCCUAAAGAUAGUGACAGUACGGGCAUCAGUGUGGGCACCGAUGAUAGUGCAACCGGUUCUAAUGCCAACAUUGUUAAGAUAAGCAGCGAUAACAACGAAGCCAAAGACGGGAAAAAUGAAAACCACCAAAGCUUCGAUAUAAGUGUAGUAAAGAACAGGAGAAAAAAGAUGAGUAAUGAUGACAGUGAUGACGUUCUUGGGUCAUAUGGUUUUGAUCAGAAGUCUCUCUCCAUCUUGGAGUAUUUUACAUAG